AUGAAACUUAUAACAUUUCAUAACGUAGACCAGCUGCGCAACCAGCCAAUUAACGACGCGUCACCUCAAAGUUCACUAAACGGACUUACAAGUGAACAGAUAUUCGAGAAAUAUUCCAAAUGCUUUGACGGAUUAGGACGCAUAUCAGACCCUUAUCACAUUAAGAUUAACCCUGACGCAACGCCUGUUGUUCAUCCACCUCGUAAGCUUCCUUCAGCGUUGAGAGAUCGAGUCCAGAACGAACUACAAGAAAUGGAAUCCAGGGGAAUCAUUAAGAAAGUCAACGAGCCCACGGCAUGGGUAAACUCCAUGGUAGUUAACGAGAAACGCUCGGGAAAAUUACGUAUAUGCAUCGAUCCACGAGAUCUCAACAAAGCUCUGCGUAGAGAGCAUUACCAACUCCCCACACAGCAGGAGAUAACAAGCCGCCUGACAGACGCCAAAUUCUUCAGUAAACUGGAUGCGAACUCUGGAUUUUGGCAAAUGCCACUUGACGAAGAGAGCUCUUAUUUGACGACAUUUAAUACGCCAUUUGGGCGCUAUCGCUUUACUGUGAUACCAUUUGGGGUCGUGUUUGCACAAGAGGUGUUCCAUAAAACUGUCCACGAGAAAUUUCAUGAUUUACCCGGGUGCGAGACGGACAUCGAUGAUAUUUUGAUUUGGGGACGAACACUGGAAGAACAUGAUCAAAACCUUGAACGUGUUCUCAAUCGAGUGACAGAUAUCAAUAUGACACUUAGCAAAGACAAAUGUCAGUUUCGACAAACCAAGAUAACCUAUCUGGGAGAAACGCUUACGGCAAAUGGUGUCAAGCCUGACGAGACCAAAGUUGAAGCAAUCAAGAAUUACCCCAAACCUACGAACAAACAUGACGUCCAACGACUGUUAGGCAUGGUCAAUUUUAUCGCCAAGUUUGCACCGAACAUUUCAGACGUCACCGCACCUCUGAGAGAACUCAUCAAGAAGAACGUUGCGUUCCACUGGCUCGAAACACACGAGAAAGCGUUUCGAGAUCUACAGCAUUCACUAACUGACCCUGCUACUCUGCGUUACUACGAUGUAGCAAAACCAGUGACACUCCAAGUCGACGCUUCACAAAACGGUCUUGGAGCUGCUCUAAUCCAAAACCAAGGUCCAGGAACAAGGAACAUAUGGAGCAUGAUUGCCAUAUUGUUUGAAUAUGUUUACUUAAAUAUUGAAUCGAACACGUAA